GUGUUACCUGAGCGGGGGGGAUGAUGUAGCUGCUCCCCUGUAUCUCUGUGAUGUGUGGGGAGGUGAUGCUCCAGGAUGCCCUGGCUGUUUGUGGUACCCUGGAGAUGCUGUAUGCGAUGGAUGUGCUCCCACCACGAUCCCCAUGUAUCUCUGUGAUGUGUGGGGUGGUGAUGCUCCUGGCUCCGGGAUGUCCUGGCUAUCUGUGGUACCCUGGGGAUGCUGCAUGUGAUGGAUGUGCUCCCACCAUGAUCCGCAGCUCCGCACCGUGCUCCCGGGGGUACGGAUGGUCGCACGUUGCCAUCACACACCAUGUGCGUGGAUUUGCAGUUGCAGCUUUGAAGUUUGUGUGUUAACGUAUGCAGGGGAUGCAGCCGAUGAUGCGUGUGCACAGGUGUCACUGCUGGGAGGAAACUCGUGCCUUUGCCCACUGCGGUGAGCUCAGAGCAUGUUGCUAAGGGCCAGCCCCAGGCGGUUUCUGGAGCAUCAUCUUCUCUUCGUGGAGAACGCAGAGCAGCAGCACCCGGCUCAGAAAUCGCUCCCGAAUCCAUUCAUGACUGAGGAACCCUCCGCCCCAACCGAGCCAGACCUGCCGUCCUCCAACCUCACCAACACGACGGACUGUGGCGAGGAGAUCCUGCUCUAUGGGGACACCGAGAAGAUCGUCAUCGGAGCGGUGCUCUCCAUCAUCAUCCUCAUGACCAUCGCCGGCAACGGGCUGGUCAUCAUCUCCGUGUGCAUCGUCAAGAAGCUCCGGCAACCCUCCAACUACCUGGUGGUGUCCCUCGCAGCCGCCGACCUGUCGGUGGCCUUCGCUGUCAUGCCCUUCGUGACCAUCACAGACCUGGUAGGGGGAGAGUGGCUCUUUGGGAAGGUUUUUUGCAACGUGUUUAUCGCCAUGGACGUUAUGUGUUGCACCGCCUCCAUCAUGACCUUGUGCAUCAUCAGUGUGGACAGGUAUCUGGGGAUCACUCGGCCACUGACGUACCCCGUGAGACAAAACGGGAAGCUGAUGGCCAAGAUGGUCUUCAUCGUUUGGCUCCUGUCUGCCUCCAUCACCCUCCCUCCGCUUUUUGGCUGGGCCAAGAACGUCACUGUGGAAAGAGUGUGUCUCAUCAGCCAGGACUUCGGGUACACAGUCUACUCCACAGGGGUUGCCUUCUACAUCCCCAUGGCCGUCAUGCUCGUCAUGUACAGCCAGAUCUACAAAGCCGCCAAGGUCAGUGCUGAAAAACACCGCUUCAUGAACUUCCCCAAGCACUAUGAAGAGGAGGGCGUCUACUGCCUGGAGGCCUCCAGCCGGGGCCACCACAGCUCCAAGCGUACCAAAGCCGUGGAGGAAUGCGCCACGCUUUCCAAACUGCUCCGGCAAGAUCGAAAGAAUAUCUCCAUCUUCAAACGGGAGCAGAAAGCAGCCAGGACCCUCGGCAUUAUCGUGGGGGCAUUCACAUUUUGCUGGCUUCCCUUCUUCCUGAUGUCAACGGCUCGGCCUUUCAUCUGCGGCAUCCGCUGCAGCUGCAUGCCCCUGCGGCUGGAGAGGACUCUGCUCUGGCUGGGAUACACCAACUCCCUCAUCAACCCCUUGAUUUAUGCUUUCUUUAACCGAGACUUGAGGACUACUUUCUGGAACCUCCUGAGGUGCAGGUACAGGAACAUCAACAGGAGGCUCUCUGCCGCCAGCAUGCACGAGGCCCUGAAAGCCACAGAGAGACACGAGUGCAUCCUGUAGAGCCAUGUCCUCUCGCCCAGUGCCUGACCAAAGGACUCUUGCCUCGCCAUUUUAGGUUCCUUGCUUCUCUUGCCUCUCGGGGUUGUGGUUCUCCUUGCCCUCGGUGGGAACAAGUGGGCAACCCUUCCUUCUCACCUUGUCCCAGGUUGGGGCUGAGAAGCCAUGAGAAAGACUGGGGAGUUCAAGUUCUACCACAGACUGUGGGCAAGUCACACACCUUUCUGUGCCUCAGUUUCCCCAACUGUUUAAAAAAAAAAAAAAGAAAAAGGAAAGAAAACCCCCCAACCAACCAAAAAAAAACCCUAAAAACUCAAUAAGACUGUGGCUCUCCACCUUUGAAAAGGGCUCUAAGGUCUGUGGAGAGCACACAGUACAUGAUGUAGAGAUGACAUUGGCUGCAUGUCUGUAUUAAAUAUGACAGCAGCUAUAGGCUCUGCUGUAGAUCCAAGCACUCAUGCCAUCCCAGCUUAUACAGACUCUUUCCACCGAUGUAAUUGCAUUUUACACACUCAGCUCAUGUCCAGGUUUGCACGUCAGAGCAGAAGUACCAAUGACCCCAUUUCCCCUCACACUGUAGCACUUGAAAGAGGCACAUUCCCAGAGUGACGCACAGAUGAACAUGAAGUUUCCUUUAUGGUUGCAUAGGAAAGUCCAACGGUCUCCUCAUCAGGGCAAUGACCAAUGAGCAAAGAUGGAUCUGUUUAUUGGGUUGUACCGUAAUUCAUUCUCAGACAAGUGAUGUGUGUUCGUAAUUUGUGGCUAAUUGACUCCAUAAAAGCACGCUUUGGUUGACAACAGGAAAAAAAAAUAGCAUUUCUGUGACAGCUUUACAGUGCUUCAGUAUGAUGUCCAGCAAGCUUGAAAAAAAUACACUAUAUGAUGUAUCUUUUUCUUUUUUUUAAAAAAAAGAAGUCUGGUUUCCUCAUUUUGAUGUAAAUUAUCUGGUCACUUUGACUUUCAAUUGCUUCUUCGUGAUGGUGGGACUUGUCUUCCUGCAGUUCUCUUUGCUCUUAACCAACCAAAGCCUUGCUUUGCAGCCGCAGAAACCCUUGCCUACUGGUUUGUAAAUGGUGUCUCUUCCAUGGGGUCAGUGGUUUGAGCAUCUCCCAUCUGGGUUCUCUUGUCAAAGCCAGAUGGUUCAGAGGAAAGGGGUUUCUAACCCCCCUUUCACUACAGAUUUUCUUCAUCAAGCAAGCGCAGGGGUAGUCCCACCUCUUGCAAUGUCAUGCAGUACGAGUGGCUGUUGGAAUUGGCUGUUGAAUGUGUUCUUCUCUCCCCUCUCCUCCCCCUCCUCCCCUUC